CCCGCCACAAUGGCCUCUGGGGUGGAAGUCCUGCGCUUCCAGCUGCCCGGCCACGAGGCCGCUACCCUGCGGAACAUGAACCAGCUCCGCGCAGAGGAGCGGUUUUGUGACGUGACCAUUGUGGCCGACAGCCUCAAGUUCCGUGGCCACAAGGUCAUCCUGGCCGCCUGCUCGCCUUUCCUGAGGGACCAGUUCCUGCUGAACCCCAGUUCUGAGCUGCAGGUCUCCCUGAUGCACAGUGCGCGCAUCGUGGCCGACCUGCUCCUCUCCUGCUACACGGGCGCUCUGGAAUUUGCUGUCAGGGACAUCGUCAACUACCUGACGGCUGCCUCCUACCUGCAGAUGGAGCACGUGGUGGAGAAAUGCAGGAACGCCCUCAGCCAGUUCAUUGAGCCCAAAAUAGGCCUCAAAGAGGACGGGGUCAGCGAUGCCAGCCUUGUGAGCAGUGUCAGUGCCACCAAAUCCCUCCUCCCUCCUGCCAGGACCCCAAAACCAGCCCCCAAACCCCCACCCCCCCCCCCUCUACCCCCCCCCCCCCUACGGCCUGUGAAACUGGAGUUCCCCCUGGAUGAGGACCUGGAGCUGAAGGCCGAGGAGGAAGAUGAGGACGAGGACGAGGACGUGUCUGACAUCUGCAUCGUCAAGGUGGAGUCAGCCCUGGAGGUGGCACACCGGCUCAAACCUCCCGGAGGUUUGGGAGGGGGUCUGAGCAUCGGAGGCUCCGUGGGCGGCCACCUGGGAGAGCUGGCUCAGAGCAGCGUGCCCCCCAGCACUGUGGCCCCACCGCAGGGUGUAGUGAAAGCCUGCUAUAGCCUGUCCGAGGACGCAGAAGGGGAGGGCUUGCUGUUGAUCCCUGGAGGCCGGGCCAGCGUGGGGGCCACCUCGGGCCUGGUGGAGGCAGCAGCGGUGGCCAUGGCUGCCCGGGGGGCGGGGGGCAGCCUGGGGGCAGGGGGCAGCAGGGGACCCCUGCCUGGGGGCUUUUCCAGUGGAAACCCCCUAAAGAACAUCAAGUGCACCAAGUGCCCGGAAGUGUUCCAGGGCGUGGAGAAGCUGGUCUUCCACAUGCGGGCGCAGCACUUCAUCUUCAUGUGCCCACGCUGCGGCAAGCAGUUCAACCACAGCAGCAACCUCAACCGCCACAUGAACGUGCACCGCGGCGUCAAGUCGCACUCCUGUGGCAUCUGCGGCAAGUGCUUCACGCAGAAGUCCACGCUGCACGACCACCUCAACCUCCACUCUGGAGCGAGGCCCUAUCGCUGCUCUUACUGCGACGUGCGCUUCGCUCACAAGCCCGCCAUUAGGCGGCACCUCAAGGAGCAGCAUGGCAAGACAACGGCAGAGAACGUGCUGGAGGCCAGCGUGGCCGAGAUCAACGUCCUCAUCCGCUAG